AUGGUUGCAGUUGGCAGUGCUGGGGCUCAUGGCUACACUGUGUCGUUUGCCUCCACGCGCGAGGAGUGCACUGUUGCGUUCGGCAUCGCCACUAAAAUCUUUCUUGCCCGCAGCAGCGAGACAGGGGAGCAGGUGCUCACGGUAGAUGACGGACAAGUGGUACGCGGCACCGCCCUCUUGCGUGCCCCAAGCGGUGCCCUUUGUGUUGCCGCUGGAGGUGACGGGAAACACAUCAAUGUGUAUCACGUGGGAUCAGCAGAGCCUUCACUAGAGUCACAGUCCCAUGCGAGAAAUGGCCGUGCCGGUGAACUGCGGUCAUUAUUUUCCUUUGGGCCUCACGCAAAGCGCAUUACCCACGUUGCGGCCUGCGAUGAGGCCUCCAUUCUUUUCGCAGAUAAAUUUGGGGAGGUGUUCCGCCUUGGCCUUGCAUGGGGAUUGAGUGACUCUUUGACACUGGCACCCGGUGAUGCAACAGCGCCCAUGUUUCUCUUGCAGCACUUUAGUGUGAUGAGUACCCUCUUUCUCUCUGCGCCAAUCCGGCAGGCAAUAAACGAUACUGCCGAAGCACGAAGGCUUUUUACCUGCGACAAGGACUGCCAUGUUAGGGUUAGUUGUUACCCCGACACGUUUCGAAUCGAACAAUUUUUGUGGAUUGAGGCCCCACAGUCGGUGGUAACCUCCAUUGCGGAGCUCCCUGACCUCUCGGAAAGGCGGCAGCACUCCUACUUUGUGACGGGAAACUUUGAUGGAGAGGUGCAUUUGUGGGUUGCGGAUAACACCUUGACGGCUGCCUGCCCCACGGAGCCGUUUACUCUCCUUUGCUGUCUUCCUGCGCCGAAGGAAGCUGGACUGAACGCGGAAGGAGCGACUGCUGUUGUAUCUGUGGUGUAUGUCGCAUUGCCAUCGUCACCCGAUGGUGUUGGCAAGCACGCGGGAAAGGAGUAUUCACGUGGGGUUCUUGUCGCCUAUGCGAGUACAAGCGAUGUGGUGUUUGUUCCACUCCUGCAGUGUAAUGAUGACUAUAGGCUUUCGCUUUCCACGGAGAAUGUCACUCGAAUGCGCGUGGAUUCGCCUCCGCUUGCAAUGGUGGGGUUGGCUACCAACUCGGCCCUUGUGCUGGGGCGCACUGGGCGCGUGCAGGUUCUGCAACUUGUGGAUGUGGCGGGGGAGCCACCAGCCAUUCGUCUCGCGGAAUCGCGACAUGCGGCACUUGAGACGGCAGUAGGGGAACUCGCGAAGGGAAGCGGGGGAAGCUUGCUGAAAGAAAUGAAGCUCUUUUCGCAGUGGCGGUACGACGCCGUCGAUCCUCGCACGCGCAGGACGGGGAAGACAAGGACCGCCUCCGAGGAAGACGACGACGACGACGACGAUGACCACGAAGACGAGGUGACGGAUAGCGCCCCAGUGGAAGACAAACUGGCCGGCGGAAAACGUCCGCGCGACAAGUCUAGGGGUGAGGCUUAA